AUGAAUAUAAUUUCACAUAAAACAUAUAAUGAUGUAAAUAUUGACGAAUAUGAACAAAAUGGAUGGAAAUUCAUCUUUACUAAAUCUGGAAUGUACAACACAACCGAUUUGGCUAUGUUAUAGGAUGCAUUGACUUUGCAAGCGAUCCCAGAUAUCACAAAUGGUAAUAAUUGUGGAUUGAUCUACAAUAAGCAAUUUAACUUCGGCAUUUUAGUGGAUCCUAAAGACGCCUUAUAUUUAUGUAAUUAUUAGGCAAGAGCAUCAAAUUACAUUGAUAUUAAGAAGGAGUUAAAAACAAAUAAACUAAAUUACAUCUCAGUGAUUCCAGAACAAGCUCAAAUCAAGUAUGCAAACAUCUGGAAUCAGAAAUAAAAUGCAGAUAUCAAAGUCUUAAAUAAAACAUCUGAUACAUUUUACUCAUCUCCUUAUAAGGGAACAAUAGUCGACGGAGAUUAGAUUAAUUAUUAAUUUUAAAGAUUCGAACAACUUACAGGAAUCAAGGGUAAAUCCAUAUUUGAACAGUAAUUAAAUGAGAAUGUGAUUAAGAAUGAAGUAGAUUAUCUGAAUCAAGUAUAUAAUAUAAAAUCGAAGACAUACCAUUGUGAAUAUACAGAAGAGGAGAUUCCAUUGAAUAACUUAACACCAGAUAAUCCAAUUAAAUGGGCAUAUCACAUUACUUUGUUCGAAGAUGAGUUGGGUGACAAUGGAUUUUCAAAUUGUGAAUAUAGAUUCAGAAUAAUGGGUGACUGCUUUUUUGGAUUGAUACGAAGUUAUUUAAGAAUUGACGAUGUUCUGAUUAGAAUACUCGAUACAAGAAUAUAUCAUUAAUUCAAUUGGAAUUAUGUGUUGAGAGACUUCACUCAUAGAGAGGAUUCCUGGACUAAUAUUGAAAAGAAUGGAUUUAAUUUCUCUCCUCAAUGGUUGACAGAUGAAAAUUAAUCAUUUCAUAUUUAAAAUUCAGUUCCAAUUUUAUUACAUGUUAAUGAUAAGAUAUAUUUCAAUGCUGCAUGA